UCUUUCCUUUCGUACCUUUAACGCUCAAGCUCAACCCUUUUGCUCUCUCAAAGCUUCCUAGCAAUUUCCGCUCUUCUUCUUCUUCAAAUUAAUUUUUUUUGUUCUCAGCCGCCAAAAAACCUCUCUACAGUGAGAACCCUAAAUCGCAUCCCAAGGCUGUACCAGCUAUCCAAAACGACGUCGUCGCAGAGCGUCGGAGCUCCGAGGGAAGCAGAGCUCACUGCAGGAAUUAUUGGGCACAAAUCGAAGCGGUUGAAGUUGGAGGGAGAGAUGGAGACUUCGAGCAGCUCACAGAGGGAGAAGAGCCGCGCGCCGCUGAAGGAGGUUGUGUCGGAAUGCGUGAAGCGGUGGUUCAAGGAUACUCUGAAAGAGGCCAAAGCCGGCGAUAUUAAUAUGCAGGUGUUGGUGGGACAGAUGUACUACAGCGGCUAUGGUGUUCCCAGAGAUGCCCAUUUGGGGAGAGUAUGGAUCACAAGAGCAUCGAGAACGCGGUCUUCGGCUUGGAAAGUGUGUGAAAAGCCACCAGGUUAUAAUGCAAGUGAUUCAGAUUCAGAUGAAUUGAAGGGUGAGUCGUAGCUGGACCAACACAGACUUCAUGUCCAAUUAUAGUUUGAGCAGGAUUUGCUCGGAAAAGUUCCCGUUCUUCACCUGCAUUAUGCAUUAUGGAUGUGCGCUCUUCUGUUUAUCUCUUGUUUUCCGAAUUUACAAAUGGAAUUUUCACAUUUAGUCUCAUAUAAAAACAUUAUUGUUGAUUGCACUUUCAUCUGCUGUAGUACUUUUUGAGUUUUUAUGAAGAAAUGCAACUUCCGUCCAAAUCA